UGUGAACAAUAAUCAAUCAAAUCCUUAACCCUCCCUCCAUUGUCGGUGUGCAUGUGCCUCACCGCUCAAUCCUCUCUCUCUUCUCUCUCUUCUCUCUCUUCUCUCUCUCUCUCUCUCUCUCUCUCUCUUUUUCUUCAAAAUCCAAAUAACUCAAAGACACACUUCUCCAAUAAUCCCUUUUUCUUUCUUUCUUUCUUUCUGAGAUGAGUUUGAGUAAUGGAAAAAACCACUCUUCAUUACCAACUGGUAAUGAGAAGAAAGCAUUCAAGAUCUUUGUAGGUUAUGAUCCACGUGAAGACCUUGCAUUUGAGGUAUGUCGUCAUUCUAUCAUCAAAAGGUCUUCAAUUCCUGUUGAGAUCAUACCAAUUAAGCAAUCAGAUCUGAGAAAAUCUGGUCUUUAUUGGCGUGAAAGGGGUCAAUUUGAGAGCACUGAGUUCUCUUUUUCAAGAUUCUUGACACCUAGUUUAGCUAAUUAUCAAGGUUGGGCUAUGUUUGUGGAUUGUGAUUUUCUCUAUUUAGCUGAUAUUAAGGAUUUGGUAGAUUUGAUUGAAGAUAAGUAUGCUAUUAUGUGUGUUCAACAUGAUUAUGCUCCAAAAGAGACAACAAAAAUGGAUGGUGCUGUUCAAACUGUGUACCCUAGAAAGAAUUGGUCUUCAAUGGUUUUGUAUAACUGUGGUCAUCCAAAGAACAAGGUUCUCACUCCUGAAACUGUGAACACACAAACUGGUGCUUACCUUCACAGGUUUCAAUGGCUUGAGGAUGAUGAAAUUGGUUCUGUCCCCUUUGUUUGGAAUUUUCUUGAAGGGCAUAACAAGGUUGUUGAGAAUGAUUCAACUACUUUGCCUAAGGCAAUCCAUUAUACUCGUGGAGGGCCAUGGUUUGAGGCUUGGAAGAAUUGUGAAUUUGCUGAUCUCUGGUUGAAUGAGAUGGAAGAGUAUCUGAAUCAAACCAAAAAAGAAUCUGCUAAUUAGUGAUUGAAUGAAUUGUUUGAGGCAAUGAUGCAUUUAGAUGUUGUAGCAUUGAUCUCUGGUCAUGUGUUAUUCUUUAUUUGAAAUUUGUUGUGUUAAUUAAGUCUGUAUCUGAUGAUGAUGCAAGUUAUGAGAAUAGGAGUAUGAUGAAUACUGCUAUAGUUCAUAUAUCUUAUGUAGUUAGUAUUCUUUACUACAUUAUAUUACAUUGGCAUUUUAGAGUGAGUAAAUGCCCUUCAUGAUGUAUUUCAUUUUUUAUUUGUUUAAUGACCUCUGUAGGCUCUAACAAGAGGUCUAGUCUAAGUAUAACUUCAUAUAUUUUAAUACAAGGCUUUACUGUUACGAAUA